GGAGCUGAAAACGAAGGUUCCGCCUCGUCUCUCGUCCCAUUCACUCCUCUUUCUCCUCCCCGCAGCCGUUCCCCUCCCUCGCUUUCUCUUCUCCUAGGGCUGAUGUGUACAUCCCGUUGGGCCAUGCACGGGCCCGGUGCCGGGUGGUGUCGGUGGGCACCGAUUAGAUGAAAUUGUUCGUGUGCUGGGUGCUCACCUCCGUGGUCUGCCUGGCCGUGCUGAGGAAGAUGUGGAGCAGCCGGUAUCUGAGGAGUCACCUGAGCAGAUCUUUGUACAUGAACAUGAUGAACCACAACCAGGCCCUGUACUGGGAAGGGAACCACCAGUGGUAUUUAUGUGACACAGAAAAGUUAAGUGAAGAUUUACGGCCUAUGUUUGUCCAAAGUUACCUCGAUCACGGAACGCAAACAUUUUUAAACAGGAGUAUUGAGAAAUCUGGCUGGCUGUCGAUACAGCUUUACCACUCCUUCAUGUCUUCAGUCUUUAGCAUGUUUAUGUCCAGGACGUCCAUCAAUGGGCUACUUGGACGAGGCUCCAUGUUUGUAUUCUCCCCAGAACAAUUCCAGAGACUUCUUAAAAUCGGACCAGAUUGGAAGUCACACCGACUGCUGGAUCUUGGUGCAGGAGAUGGGGAGGUCACAAGAGUAAUGAGUCCCCACUUUGAAGAGAUCUACGUUACAGAAAUGUCCCAGACAAUGAUAUGGCAACUCCAGAAAAAGAAAUACAGAGUACUUAAUAUCGAUGAAUGGCAAAAUACAGGGUUCCAGUAUGAUGUCAUUAGCUGCUUAAACCUCCUUGAUCGCUGCCAUCAACCUGUUACCUUGCUGAAGGAGAUGAGGAGGGUCCUGGAGCCAACUAGGGGUCGAGUUAUCCUUGCGCUGGUCCUGCCGUUCCACCCUUAUGUAGAAAAUGGUGGUAAGUGGGAAAAGCCAUCCGAAGCCAUGGAAGUGAACGGAACAGUUUGGGAAGAACAAGUUAACAGCCUCGCUGAAGUCUUCCAAAACACAGGCUUUGUUGUGGAGGCAGUCACCAGACUCCCCUAUUUAUGUGAAGGAGACAUGUACAAUGACUACUAUGUAUUGGAUGAUGCGGUGUUUGUUCUUCGACCGGUGUAGACAUCUCCUGCCCUGUUACAAGAAAUGAAAUGAGCAUCAAACGAUCCUAUUGGAUCUCUGGAACACAAUACAUGGUGGAUGUAGGCAAAUUAAAAAUUCUUCAAGGCCAAAAUCUUGUUGUAUUACCCGAAGAACCUUGUUUAUAGACACAUAUAUAUAUAUAUAUAUAUAUAUAUAUAUAUAUAUAUAUAUGUGAAUGUGUGUGUUUGUAUAUGUACAGAACCUUCAACGGAAUACUUUUUAUAACCAAUUCAACAAUGCUACCUUACCAGCAAAAGUGGACCUGUUUUUUAAGUGACUUAACUUCCGUUUGCUGCCAAACAGUUAUAAUUGAUGUACAGCAUUUCGUGCAAGUACUUAAUAUGUUUUUCCUUUGUUGUUUUUACUCUUUUUUUUUUUUUUUUUUUUUUUUUUUUGACUAUUGUAACCUGUAACGGAAUGACUGUGAACUGUAAAGAAUUUUUCAUGCGAGACUAUGGGUUGAUUUGCCAUUCUAAAGCACAUGUUUUUUUAGCCAUUUAACCAUGCCAAUAAAAUCUUUCAAGAUCA